CAGGACUUCUCAAAUGACGACACCAAGCUGGAGUACAAUGUGGACGCAGAGAAUGGGAUCGUCAUGGAGGGAUAUCUGUUCAAGAGGGCCAGCAAUGCCUUCAAAACCUGGAACAGGCGAUGGUUCUCGAUUCAGAACAAUCAGCUAGUGUACCAAAAGAAAUUUAAGGAUAACCGUACGGUCGUGGUGGAAGACUUACGCUUGUGCACCGUCAAACACUGCGAGGACAUCGAGCGCAGAUUCUGCUUCGAAGUGGUUUCUCCAACAAAGAGCUGUAUGAUGCAAGCGGACUCUGAAAAACUCAGGCAGGCCUGGAUCAAAGCCGUCCAAAACAGCAUCGCCACAGCCUUCAGGGACAAAGCAGAGGACGCCGAGAAGAUGGACAGAAAGUCGUCUGCAUCUUCAGGCAGCCUGGACUCGGGUGGCGAGGUGAAGGAGAGGAGUCUGAAGGGCGAGAGCGCGCUGCAGAGAGUCAUGGCCAUCGGCGGGAACAGCAGCUGCUGUGACUGUGGACAGCCGGAGCCACGCUGGGCCAGCAUCAACCUGAGCAUCACGCUCUGCAUCCAGUGCUCGGGCAUACACAGGAGUCUUGGCGUUCAUUUCUCAAAGGUCAGAUCUCUGACGCUGGACACGUGGGAGCCUGAACUGCUCAAGCUGAUGUGUGAACUGGGAAAUGGUGUCAUAAAUCAUAUUUACGAGGCUCGGCGAGAAGAAUUAGGAGCCAGGAAACCACAGCCAGGAGAUCCCAGGCACGAGGUGGAGGCCUACAUCAAAGCCAAGUACGUGGAGCGCAGGUUUGUCCAGAGACACUCCGAAGACGAGAUCAGACAGAAGGUUUCAGCACUGAGUAAACAAGAUAAACCUCUCAGCGGCUGUUCGGAUGCUCGCCCUUCAGGAGGACCAUCAGCGUCUGCUUUAUCAGUGAAAAGCUCAGACGGUGACAUGAAGAACCUCACAGAUGGCAGCAGAGAGGCUUCCUCCAGCACGCUCAACAGCACAGAAGCCCCAGAGCCACACGAGGAGAGUUCUGGUGAAGAUCUGGAGGUUUUCUGCGAGCCCAAGCAGUUGACGCCGGGCCUGCAGCUGUACUGGGCGUCUUUCUCCCGCAGUCUGCCGGACAUGGCUGAAGCUCUCGCCCAUGGAGCAGAAGUCAACUGGACCAACACAGACCACGAGAACAGGACGCCGCUCAUAAUGGCUGUUCAUGGGGGGUCUCUGGCCAGCUGUGAAUUCCUGCUCCAGAAUUCGGCCAGCGUCAACCAGCAGGACAAUCUGGGCAGAGGGCCUUUACAUCACGCCACUCUCCUGGGACACACCGGGCAAGCGUGUUUAUUUCUGAAACGGGGAGCCAAUCAGAAUGCAGCAGAUGUCGAGAAUCAAACACCGCUUUCAAUCGCGGUCAAGGCAGCAAACGCUGAUAUUGUCACGCUGCUGCGGCUGGCCAAGAUGAACGAGGAGAUGCGUGAAUCAGAGGGAGAUGAGACGUACCAGGACAUCUUCCAAGACUUCUCUCAGAUGGCAUCGAACGACCCAGACAAGCUCAACCGCUACUGAGCGAACACAGCAGACUUCCUCAACAUUACUGCAGUGUGGGAUUUCUUCCAAAUCGGAUUGGCUGCAGAUUAUUGUGCAUAAUAUAAAAUGGUUUCAUUAGGUUUUGUCUUCAUUGACAUUGGCAUGAAUUUUUUUUUUUAUGAAAUCAAUGGUGCUGCCCACAUAAUCUGGGUGACACCAGCAGAAUUGUUGCGUUUUUAUUGUAAACGUUUCAUUUGUGACCCUGGAGCACAAAAGCAGUCUUAAGUCGCUGGGGUAUAUUUGUAGCAAUAGCCA